UGAGGUGGGAGGGCGCCCUCGAGGUCGUCGGGCCGAGCCCCCACGGGGCCUUCGUCUCCGUGGCGCGGGGCGGGCCUGGACGCAGCUUGUCAGAAAAUCCGCAUCUCUAACGUCCCCUGAAGGGCGACCAUUUCGCAUCAAGAUGGCCCUGGUUGGUGAAUUGGAAAUGCCCAGGUCCUCAGCCCCCUUGCUGCUCCCAGACUUCCCCCAAGGGCCACUCUGUGCGUACCGGAAGAAGGCGUCCUUCAGCUGGAAGGAGAUGGCCCUCUUCGUGGAGGAGGAAGAGCUGAUCCGUUUCAAGCAUGAAAUAUUCUCUUCUCUGGAAAAUGACCCUCUGUUUGCUCGUGUUCCUGGAGAAGAAUUGUCGCUUGAGAAGUACCGGGAGCUGACCUUCCUUCGCUGUCGGAAGCUUUUUGAAUACAAUUUUCUACCUUUGGAGGAGAUCAUUGAAAAACCCUUGAAAGUGAUGGUGCUGAUCAGCUGCCUGGGGAUGUACGAUUGGUCUCUCGGAGCCAAAUACCUGCUCAAUUCCCAGGUCUUCAAAGAUACCAUUGAGAGUUCAGGAUCUGAAAGACAUGAAAAAAUUAUUAAACAAGUUCAAAAUAUGGAGGUUUUUGGGUGUUUUGCGCUGACCGAAAUAAGCCAUGGGAGCAACACCAAGAAUGUCCGAACCGUUGCUAGAUACGACCCAACCACACAGGAAUUUAUUCUUCAUUCACCUGACUUUGAAGCGGCCAAGUUCUGGGUGGGCAACAUGGGGAAGAAUGCCACACAUGCCGUGGUCUACGCCCAGCUCUGUACCCCAGAUGGCCAGUGCCACGGAUUGCACUCAUUUGUGGUGCAGAUUCGAGAUCCAAAAACCCUGCUUUCGAUGCCAGGCGUGUUGGUUGGUGACAUAGGCAGGAAACUUGGGCAGAAUGGUUUAGAUAAUGGGUUUGCCAUGUUCCACCACGUGAGGAUACCCAGGGAGAAUUUACUGAACCGAACCGGAGAUGUGACCGCCGAGGGGAAUUACACCAGCACGUUCAAGGAUCACAAGCAGCGCUUGGGGGCUUCCCUGGGGACACUGUCCAACGGGAGAGUUAUGAUCAUCGCCAUGUCCGUGGUCAACCUGAAGCUGGCCGUCUCAGUCGCAAUUCGCUUCUCGGCCACCCGGCGCCAGUUUGGGCCGACAGGUGGUGAGGAGAUACCCGUUCUGGAAUACCAGAUGCAGCAGUGGCGCCUGCUUCCUUAUUUAGCCGCGACGUACGUCUUAGACUAUUUCUCCAGAACUCUGUUCAUGAAUUCCGUAGAAUUCCACAUAGGGCUCCUGAUGAAGGACAAGAGUUCCCAGCAGGCCGAGCUGGGGCGUGAGAUCCAUGCCUUGUCCACGGCCGGCAAGCCGCUCUCCUCCUGGCUUGCCCAGCAAGGGAUCCAGGAAUGUCGCGAAGCCUGUGGCGGACACGGCUACCUGGCCAUGAAUCGUCUGGGUGAUAUUCGUAAUGACAAUGAUCCAAACUGCACUUACGAAGGAGACAAUAAUGUUUUGUUACAGCAAACUAGCAACCACUUGCUGCGAUGGAUGAGUGCCACAUCCCAAGGUCCUGUUUCGUCACCCCUGGGAUCGACUGAUUUUUUAAAAGAUUACGAUGAUAUUCUCUGUCAGAAAUUCAUGGUUCCAGAAGCGCAAGACCUGGUGGAUUCUUCAGUAUCUUUAAGGGCGUACAAGUGGCUAGUUUGUUACUUGCUCCGAGAAAGCAUCCAAAAACUGAGAAAGCAGGAAGAACGUGGCUGUGCUGAUUUUGAGGCAAAGAACAAUAGCCAGGUGUAUUACUGUCGCUCUUUAGCGGUAGCCUUCAUUGAACACACCGUUUUACAAAGAUACCACAGCCACGUGCACAGUCCCAGCACACCCGCGAGCCUUCAGCCGGUGCUGAAGCUUAUUUGCUCACUCUACGGGACCUGGUCUCUGAAUAAGCAUGCGGCGAUGCUCUAUCAGGGUGGCUACAUUUCAGGUGAAAAUGCCGGUAAAUUGAUACAAGAUUCCGUUCUAGAACUUUGUUCAAAGCUGAAGGACGAGGCGGUGGCACUGGUGGACGUGGUCGCUCCCCCUGAUUUUGUUCUUGGUUCACCGAUUGGCAAGGCCGAUGGAGAGCUAUAUAAAAACCUAUGGGGUGCAGUUCUUCAAGGCCCAAAGAUACUGGAAAGACCAUCCUGGUGGUCAGAAUUUUGUUACAAUAAACCUGUCAUUGGUAAGUUGAGGUCCAGAAUGUAAA